AUGGGUGCAAAACAAAGCAGGAAUAGUGCAAAGAAAGUAGACGAAAGCUCAUCCACAAUACAAGAGAAGAAAAUACAAGAAAGAACCGUUAUGCUUUUCUCAAAAUGCGGAGCAAGUACAUUCAGCAGACAACUCACGAAUGAUAAAUUACAUGAUAAAAAUCAAAUUGACUAUUGUUGUCAUGCUCUGUUAUCACGAAUGGAAAAUUUUGAUGAAUUUUAUUCUAUGGAUGAAGAAUUUGCAAGAUUAAAGAAUUUCAAUCAAUUUAAUAGAAUUCCAAGACCUAGGGAAAUGCUUACAAGAAUUUGGAAACAUGACGAAAUGAGACGAAUCUUAAUGGAAAAGUAUCACAAUGUUUGGAGAUUUGAAAAUUUAUCUUUAUUUAUGGAACACUUAUUGAAUGGAAAUUUUGAUAAUCAAUUGGAAAAUCCUUUUACAUAUGCUUCAACAAAAACAACAGGUGUUAUAAUUAGUGAUUUCAUUCAUAGUGAUCCAAUUAUUGGUCAACCCAUUAAAUACAAUCUAGCAGAAAUUGGAGGAUCUAGAAGUGAAUGGAAGAAAGCAUUUAUCUGUUUUGAAAAUGUUUAUUUUAUAUUCUUCUUUUGUGGACUUUCGGAUUUUCAUGAUAAUCCUAACUAUGAUUUCGAACAUGAAUUUGUAAAAUUCAAUUAUGUUUUUACCUGCAAUAAGUUUCAUGAGAUUAAUCCAAAUUGUAGAAUAAUAUUCUUAUUUACAAAACCAGACAUCUUACAAUCAAAGCUUAAAAGGGGCAGUAUUUAUGACAUUAAGAAGAAUUAUGAAAUAAGGGAAGAAUUGAAACAAAUAUCAAAUGAAAAUGAAAGAAAUGUCAUCAAUUCCAUAGUAUGUGAUUUUUUUGCAGAGCACGAGACGGAGUAUCACAUUGUAAAUUUACUAAAUAAGGAGGAGGUUAAUCAGGUGAGAGAUUUGAUUUUGAGUGGAGUGAAAUCAAGGUUUCCAUUCAUUUCUAAAUGUUUGAGAGAUGAAGGAAAAUGGAGGCAAGUUCUUUUCAGAAUAUUGAAAGAUUCUAAACUUGGUGAUAUUUCAAUAAUUGCCAGAGGUGAAUAA